UAAGAUAGAAAUUCAAACAUAUUUUAAGUUUGGUAAAAAAUGACUGAACAUAAUGUUGAGAUGCAAACCAGCGAAGAAUUACAAUCCAAUGCGAAGAAGUCAGGAAAAAGACGUCAGAAUAGCGAAACUCACAUGGAAGUCGAUACGGUAAAUGGUAUCGAAGGGAAAACGAAAACUAAAUCUUCUGUAAAACGAGCUAAAAAUGUCCAAGGUGGAGAACAACGGAAAGUUCCAGUGCCUGCGCAUAGAUACACACCGCUUAAAGAAAACUGGAUGAAGAUCUUCACCCCUGUUGUCGAGCAUUUACAGCUUCAAAUUCGGUUUAAUUUGAAAUCUAGAAAUGUGGAAAUUCGUACAUGCCCCGAUACACCUGAUAUAUCAAAUCUUCAAAAAGCUGCUGAUUUUGUGCGAGCAUUCAUUAAUGGUUUUGAGGUCGAAGAUGCAUUGGCUUUAUUGCGGUUGGAUGAUUUAUUUGUUGAAACCUUCGAGAUCCAAGAUGUGAAACCACUGAAAGGUGAUCACUUGUCCAGAGCGAUAGGCAGGUUAGCUGGCAAAGGAGGUAGAACAAAAUUUACCAUUGAAAAUGUAACAAAAACAAGAAUAGUUCUGGCUGACACUAAAAUUCAUAUUCUUGGAUCUUUCCAAAACAUACAACUUGCACGAAGAGCAAUUUGUAAUUUAAUCUUGGGAAGCCCCCCAUCAAAAGUUUAUGGUCAAUUGAGGAAUGUGGCCGGACGAAUAUCAGAGAGGUUGUAACAAAACUUUUGGAGUCAAAACUUCAUAGCAAUCUUUAUUUUCUUUUUUUCACCAUUUCGAUAAAAACGUGAACUCUAUCAGUGAUAAUAAUUCUUUCAUAUUCGGAUUGACUAAUUGUAACAGAUAAGCAAAUUUUCAUUUGCUUCGAUACAGACUGCUUACGUAUAAUGUGUAUUUGUGAAUAACUUUUUUUUCAUUACUGUAACAAAUACUUCGAAACUAUUGUAUAUAAUACAGAAAGAGAGGAAUACACA